AUGUUCCAAUGUUUCAAACACUCCAAUCGCUUCAAGCAACCAGUUGACCCUGCAGCCAACGGCUAUACGCUGGUCAAACAGGAAUGGCUGGAGGGCGGUAUCUGGCAUAUUUGGAAGGUCAAUAACGAUACAAACACUAUCGGAUAUCUCAGCAAGAUCGGUGUCGAUCCUACAACCAACAGAAUAUGUGUGUUUGAAGUCAGUACAGACACUGACAAGUUCCCGACUAAUAAAAAAUUAAAACUACGGGACUUUAUAAUGGGAAUAUGGAAGAUAAAGCAUGAACAACAGCCCGGAGACUUACACAGCAUCAUUUUUCAAAAUGUUGUUGGCGGGGAUGUGCAGGCUGUUUGUGAUGAGGCAUGGAGCGUGAUGAUGAAGCCUAUUAAGACCGAGCCGUUAUGUAUCAAAGCAAAUGGAGCCACGCCAGAAGAGAAGAAAGCAUUUGGUUUGCUGAAAAACAUCUUCUUCUGCAGAGGAGUGCAGCAUAUGCUGGAUGAGUAUGAAGAUUUAAAUGGCAAGAUAAUCAAAGAGUAUGUGUUGGUGAAACCACCACCCUCUCAGAGCUUGCAGAUUGAACUUGUCAUAGGAUCUGCGAGAUAA